AUGAUUGUUGAUCAUAGAUUUUAAUUGCAGAAGAAAAUCGGAAGUGGUGCAUCUGGUAAAGUGUAUUUGGCAAAGGAUUUGUCCAGUAACUCACCUUGCGCUCUUAAAAUUUUCAAAGAUGAAUCUGAAUAUCAUAGAGAAAAAAACAUAUAUGGAAAAUUGAUUAUAUAAAAUGUUGAGUCGUACUCAUAAAUGUACAUACAUUCUGCUACAGCUAAUACCUUUCCAUACUACAUUGCUCUCAAAAUGAUGGGCUAAUCCUUGAAUUAGGAAAUAAAAAGCUUAAAAUAGUGUCUCUAACUUGAGCAAAUUAUCUUGCUUGGAAUAUCAUUGGUAUGA